AUGGCUGGUAUCGUUAAUAGGCCUCUUUCCAUCUUCCGCAGACCAGAGUCUCCUAAGCCUCUGCACUCGCGGUGGGGUGACGUGGCUAUCUCCGUUCCCACAGAUGGUUCAUGGAAUCAAUACGACAAUCCUCAUCGAAUUCCUCGGAGGCCAUCUUACGGGCCAGGCUUUGUUCCAGACUGCUCGCCUUCAGAGAAGAAGCUUCGUCAAGUGAACGAAGAAGAGACCGAGGAGGCCGAUGACGACAACAAAAGCACGUCGACGAUCCCAACUAUUCCCCGUCGUAACUCUCUAUCUCUGGGUGGUCUGGGUGGAAUUCGAGCCGGUCGGCUCUCAGUCCGGCUGGCAUCUCGCCCAAAACACCUGAGGGGGGAAUCCCCGACAGAACGAGAUAGCCAGUCAGACCAAAGGAGGCCCGAUUUUGCAUACAAGCCGAUUCAAACCGAUUAUGUCUCUGAAGUCUCCGAGACUUCAAGUCAAAGUACCCCGCGGUACCAGUAUAUUCCCGCUAGUGGACGUUACAUGGAGGAUAUCCUGGGUGCUACUACUCGAAGUCAAUCCGCAAGAUCCUGUCGCAGCUCACGGACUCGACGUGACUCAUUUUCCGAGUCUCAGGAGGACAGAGAUCAUGAUCGCGACCGUCACUCGCGAAUGCAAACUGCAUCGCGGGUCAGCUCGCAUCAAGAGGAUGAUCGGCAGAGUCUGCGAUCUAGCUUGGGGGAUAGCUCUGAUGGUGUGGGCUCCCGGCUUAGUAGUUUUGGGUUGCCGCCGAGGCGGAGGACUUCUCCGUUUGUUGCGGCGGAUCGGAGGUCUUCAUCUUUGAAACCUAUGACUUUGGCGAUGGUGCCCGAUCCUGAAGACCUUUAUUAG